AUGGACUUGUUUGCCGCUGCGCUGUUCCCGUCUAUUCUUCUCUCCUCCCUGUUGCUGAUUUCAGUUCAAGAUUUUGAAAGUUUGAAGAGAUUGAAGAUUGAAGGUGAGACAGUCAUAGUACAAGUAAGUGUCUUUCUAGUGCCAUUGUGCUGUAUAUUGAAAUACCUGCAUCCAGAAGCUCAAAGAGUCAUGAUUCCAUUACCGAAAUCACGUAAUGUACCCGGAUCUUCCUGGCCAUUGGCCAAAUUGGACACAAUUCCCGGGAUCAACGUUGCAAAGAUCGAAGCACUCAUCAAGACAUUCUGGGAGGAUGAAGAGCAAGACAACCAGGCAUUCGUCAUUGUGCACAAAGGAACUGUAGUAAAAGAGCUGUACAAGGAAGGACCUGACAAAACGCUCGAUUCUUGGUCUAUGGCAAAGUCCAUUCUCCAGAUAGCAUUGGGGAUAUGUAUCCAUCAAGGUCUGAUUACUGAAAAGGGGAUCGAUACUGCUCCUGUUGGACUACGCAAACUUGAAUGGAAGGACGAUGAGAGAGGGUCAAUGACGAUGAAGGAUCUUCUACAGAUGCGAUCGGGUCUUGAUUUCGUGGAAGUUUAUGUUAGGAAUGAGGAUGAUAUGCCAGAUGUAAUUGAAAUGCUGUUUGGAUCUGGCAAGGAAGACGUAGCUGGCUUCGUAUCAACUAAACCCUUGAGACAUAAACCAGGAACCAAAUACUCAUAUUCGUCAGGCGACACCAACGUAUUAUCAGACAUGAUAUGUAAAAUGCUGGCCCAAUCAUCGGAUCCAGAGCUAAAGAAAAAAGCAAUUCUAGAAUUUCUAUCCAAAAACUUGUUUAAGACACUACAGUUUGAAGUAAAUCCAAACCCAGUAGUAGACGAGGCCGGAACGUGGAUUGGAAGCAGUUACUGCUAUUCUAUCGCACGAGACUUUGCUAGGUUGGGGUUACUGUAUCUAAGAGAUGGGGUUUGGAAUGGACGUCGUUUGGUACCUGAAGGAUGGGUUGAUCGUGCUCGAACUCCUAGUGCAGGUGCAAAUGAUAUGCCCGUCGAAGAUGGUCCGUAUGAUUAUGGUGAGCACUGGUGGAUUUGGAGGGAUCAGCCAUAUGGGAUAUUUGCUGCUCAUGGGUAUGAAGGACAGAGAAUAAUAGUUGUGCCCGCUUUGGAUUUGGUUAUUGUUCGUCUUGCCAAGAUGCAGGGUGAUGGUGCUGAUGCGUUUUUGAAGUAUAUGAUGGAUAUUAUUGCCUGCUUUGAUACCACAACGACGAGACUUUGA